AAUAACAGACAACACACUGCAACGAACGUUUCGGCUCCAAUCCGAGGAAUUGAGAGAGAAAAAACACAUUCCUCUUUCUCGUUCCUUGCUCUCUUCGAACAAAAUAAGAAACUGUGUCACAGACAUUCCUUCAUGGCUCUCUCCGACUCAGACCCUUCGCGGCGUCAUUCUCUGAUUCCGAGCCACCUCUAUUCCUCUUCCUCUUCCUCUUCGAGUUUGAUGGUUCAUUCACCGAGUGAGCCUAGAAAUGGUAUAAAGAUGUUUUCGCCGUCUUUCUAUGCGGCUUGCACCGUUGGUGGAAUCCUCAGCUGUGGCCCCACUCACACCGCAACCACACCUCUUGAUGUUGUCAAAUGUAACCUACAGAUUGACCCGGUCAAGUACAAGAGCACAACCAAUGGAUUUGGAGUUAUAUUCAAGGAGCAAGGACUGAGGGGCUUUUUCCGCGGUUGGGCACCUACCCUUGUCGGUUACGGUGCACAGGGUGCCUUCAAAUAUGGAUUCUAUGAGUUCUUUAAGAAAUACUAUUCUGAUAUUGUUGGCCCAGAGUAUGCAACAAAGUAUAAGACCUUGAUCUACCUUGCUGGUUCAGCAUCUUCUGAGUUAAUUGCAGAUGUUGCACUUUGCCCAUUUGAGGCCGUGAAGGUUCGAGUCCAAACUCAACCUGGUUUUGCUAGAGGCCUUGCUGAUGGCCUUCCAAAAUUGGUCAGAACUGAAGGAGUCUCAGGGUUGUACAAGGGAAUUGGGCCUCUGUGGGGAAGACAGGUUCCAUAUACAAUGAUGAAGUUUGCUUCUUAUGAGAACAUAGUUGAGAUGAUCUAUAAGCAUGCCAUCCCCAAACCAAAGGAUGAAUGCAGCAGUUCCUUGCAACUCGGAGUGAGUAUUGUAGGUGGAUACAUGGCUGGUAUAUUAUGUGCAAUUGUGUCUCAUCCUGCAGACAACCUCGUCUCUUUCUUGAACAAUGCCAAAGGGGCAACAGUUAGUGAUGCUGUAAAGAAGUUUGGAUUAUGGGGUCUUUUUACCCGUGGUCUUCCUCUUCGUAUUCUUAUGAUUGGAACUCUCACUGGAGCUCAAUGGGGAAUUUAUGAUUCAUUCAAGGUUUUUGUAGGACUGCCAACUACUGGUGGUGUUGCUCCUGCUGUUCCUGCUGUUCCUGCUGUUCCUGCUCCGGCUUCUGCUGCUGAACUUGCAAAGGUGUAAAAUGUGCAACGAGGAGUGUUAUCUCUUGAUAGUUUGUUUCAGAUGCAAGGAAAGCCAUUCAAUAUUGGACCAUAAAUAAUCAGAUUACUGUAGCGGAAUCCAGCUGUCCUUAGUGAAAAUUGGAACCACCCCACCAUAAAUAGAUUAGUAUGAUUAAGACAAGUGUCUUUAAAUUGGGACUUAAUUGUUUACUUACUUCAACUUGAUACUUCGUGCAUUAAAAAUCAGCACAGCUUAUCAAGUCAAAGUAAAUAAGCGGGUCGAAGUUUAAAUACCCUUGUUUUAAUUACACUAAUCAAAUUACGAUGAUGAAAGUGUUAAACAGUCAUGUAAAGCAGUAUUUAUAUCCCUGUAUUGAUCGAUAAGAAGUCACUUUCGUUUAUUAUUAUUUUUCCCUUCCCAUCAACGAACAAUAAACUGAGACUGAAAGAAUUUGCCACAAAACAUUUGUACAUCAAUUGUGUAAAUAUCAUCGAACUUUGUUAUAUUUGUUUGUUUUCAUAUACUACUUAGAUUAAAGACAUUUAAGUUAUAUUUGGAAGUUGAGUUUAAGAGGAGAAGGUAGGAGUUAGAAUGAGUUAACUCUUGUUAGCUAGUUGCUUAAUUUGAAUGGAAAGAUUUGUAAAGUUUUUCUAACCUUACAAAACUCUCCUAAAAUUAGUUU